AUUCAAGCAAAGAUUAAGAUCAAGUUAUCAACUCUGAUCUUGUGAAACAGAGUCGCUGACGUCCUCUGCUGCUGCUGCUGCUGCUGCAUCGCCAACCAUGGCAGCUACCCAGAAGCUCUAUCCCCGAGCAACGGUCAAACGCAUCGUCAAAGCCCAUGCGAACCGCAGUUUGAGCAAGAAUGCGGAUAUCCUGAUCUUCCUGGACUACAUGCUCUUCAUGCAAGAAUUAAUGCGCGAAGCAUCGAUUCGGUCCCGGAAAUCAGGCGAAAAGAAUAUAUCCCCAAACUCGGUGCGCAAGGUGACUGAAAAAACUCUCCGCAAAUUUCAAGGUUAGCCUGGGAAUUAUUAUAAUUUGGUUAUAGGCGUGUGUGUGGUGUGAUGGGACAUGAUUUGGAUAGCUGCUACGGCGUUAGGUUGUGCUAUUGUGCUAUUGUGCUAGAUGUUGCGAACGGCCUUGGGUUUCUUUUCAUUCUAAUACAGCCCCAGACCAGGGAAUAAAUGGAUAGACUGCAAGGGAGUUAGCUAGAGUCUUAUGAUACCCAAUUAUAGUUAUGGU